GUUUGAGUACUGUGGAGUCUUUGUUUCUUUUUGUUGUAAUUUCUAUCAGUUUUUUGUACUUUCUCUUUCAGAAAUGGUGAUCGUAAUUCAAUUUUAAAUUUUAUUAAGAGUUAUAUGCAGCAAUAUUUUGUAGAACAAUGACAUCUGGCAACAAUAUUGAGUCCGAAUUUUUGGAAUUGAGUUCUAAGAAUCAGUGGCAAGUGUUCUAUCAGCAAAUUCGGGCCCAAAGUUCUGUUGACAAGUGUUCAGAAGCAAUUAAACCACAAAACAAAAUUUUAAAUCGCUAUAGAGAUGUGAGUCCAUAUGAUCAUAGUCGCAUUAUACUAAAUAGAGGAUCAACAGACUACAUCAAUGCCAAUCUAAUUAAAGUAGAACAAGCAAAUCGGCAAUACAUAUUAACUCAAGGACCACUAUCUAACACAUACAGCCACUUUUGGUUGAUGGUGUGGGAGCAGGAAACAAAAGCUAUAGUAAUGUUAAAUAAACUAGUAGAAAAAAAGCAAGACAAGUGCUUUCAAUACUGGCCUUCCAAAAUUGGUCCAGACUAUAAAAUGAACCUUCCUGAUGUAGGCCUGUGUGUAGAAUAUAUAGAGCAACAAGAUCAUUCUUACUAUCUGACUAGAAUUCUUCGACUGACUGAUACUGAAAGUGGCAAAUUUCGUGAUAUUCUUCAGUUCCAUUAUAUUACAUGGCCUGAUUUUGGAGUUCCUACUUCUCCCACAGCUUUUUUAGAGUUCCUUCGUAAAGUAAGAGAUGCAGAGGUGUUGGAAUCAACUGUAGGUCCAGCUGUUGUACACUGUUCUGCAGGAAUUGGUAGAUCUGGAACAUUUUGUCUGGUGGAUUCUUGCUUGAUUCUCAUUGAAAAGUAUGGCAUCAAUUCCGUAGACGUUAAAGAAAUUCUAUUGGAAAUGAGAAAAUAUAGAAUGGGCUUGAUACAGACUCCGGAACAACUUAGAUUCUCUUAUCAAGCAAUUAUUGAGGGUGCUAAACAGUUAAUCCAUAAGAACUUCACUUCUGAAGAGGAUAAUCUUGUAAAUAUUAGUAAUAAUGAUUCCUCUAAUAUCCCUGAACACAUUACUGACUCUGAAGAAGAUGAACCUCCCCCACUACCACCCAGAAAUGAGAGUCUUCCCAAUGGAACACCUCUCGACAGACCACUCCCAAAUAUUCCGAAAAGUGUUUCAGAUAAUGAUCUGACCUAUGAUGAAAAUAGUGAUAUCUUGAAUUACAUUCCCAGCGGACCUUUACCUGUAGUACCAGCCGAUGAGGAUGAGUGCAGUGAAGAAGAUGAACUUGAAGAAGAGGAAGAAGAAGAUUUCAAACCAGAGACAGUCAGUCCUGAUCUAGAGAAAUCCUCAUUAAUAGAAUCUGAGAAGCCAGUUUUAAUCGAAUCGAAACACAGUUCAUCCUACGAGGUCAGACAAAGAAACAGGGCACAGAGAAAAGGAACCAUGGAGUCUCAAGUGCGGGAUAUGAAACGCCGUCAACAAAUAAAUGAACAGUGGACUCGAUUGAAGAGGUCUUUAUACUUACCUUUAGUUGUAGGAGGCUCUCUACUGUUGGGCGGAGGUCUCAUUGCUUAUAUUUAUUACAAAGAUUGAGAAAAGAUCCCAUCUCAUUUUUUUGUAUUUAUUACUUAUUAGUAAGGUUGUUGACAAAUAUGAUAGCCAGAAACAGUGAUUAUUGCUUUUCAGAUGUGUCCAUGCGUUUUGUAUGAUUUGAAAAAUCUUUUUGGCAGCUUCCUAACAAAUGUAUUUUAGAAAUCGUACAAAACUUGAGAUGAACAUGAUGGGGCAAAAAAAUCACUAGUUGCUCAUAUAUGCUUUCUUGAAAGUAAGAUGACUCAUUUAUGGGUUUUUUUCGAAAGGAUGAAUGUUUUUUUAGUAUAUUUUGACAUAAUAAUAAUAGAACACUUUGCUUUGUUUCAAUAUAAUAUUGAAUAUUUAAUUCAUUAAUAGAAAAUAUUUGAAAAUUGGUAAUGGUUUCGAAAAUAUCACAAUCCAUAUUUAACUGCUUGCUACUACACUAAUUAUCUUUUUAUUGAAUACCUUUUUGAAUCAUGUUUCAUUCUAAGAGGAAUUAACCCUGUAUCAUCUUGUUCGGAAGUAAAGAUUACAUAUUUGUGCAACCUGAAAUUUUUAUAAUCUGUUAUCUAUUAAGUUUUCACGAAAUGUUUUUGGUAGCACUGAAAAACUUUAUUUAUGAAAAUGUGACUUAGUAAAUGUUUUCUUUUGUC